AUGGGAAUUCUGAACCAUCAACAUGCUCUCUUGAUUCAAACCGAAGAGGAUCUUGUGCCUACGCUGGACCACAAAUGGUUGGAUGAACCUAAAUUGCUGCAACAGCUGUUGAAAACCAAAGAUGGCAAGGAAACUAUUCUUUCGUAUCCUUACAUUGCAUGCAUGUUCAGAUCAACUCCAUCUCAAGUGAAGAAGAAGGUAAAGCCACUUCUUGAUGAGCUUGGUAUUGAGAUGCCUGUAUUCGAUUUCAACAAAAAUCGCAUUCGAGAUUAUUUCUCAACCUAUCUUCAAGUGGAUGGGUUCACCACCAACAACAAUUCUAACCAAGACCAUUCUCAAUUCAUUGAGAAUAGUGACGACAACAACUCUACCAGUGAUGACAUUGCAUCUCAACAUCAUGGAGCAGAUGUCUCACCAAACAUGUCGUCAUUCUCUCAUGCCAACAACGACGAGGAGCAGGAGAUGUCUUCUUUCAUUCCUUCCUUUGAGAAUGGACCACUUACAAACCUCGACGACACCUCACCACACACAACAAGACAGCCUCCAAUUAUGUCUUUCACUCCACAAUCUCCUUCCAAUAUUCAAUUAACGAUUGGAAACAAUUUUGAGUUUUUGAGUUCUUGGACCAAUCCUCCUACUUUUGUUUCAUUGGAACAAGAUGCCCUUCAUAAUACAUUGUGGGGAGAGGAUUUUUUGUCAUCCAUGCACAGCUCGAGCAACCAACAACAAUUACCAUUCCUGUAUUGUAGUAAUAGUAGCGGCAACAACAUGGAGUCUCCACAAAACCCUCCUUUUGUUGUUGGUGUCAACCCUAAUACACCUCAUGUUGUUGGAGAGGAAUUGUUCGACUUUUCCUUCAUGAACAGUAAUGAAGACAUUUUUUCUUUAAACUUUCAAUAA